UGACGUCUGUCGCUGCUCAAAAGGCCGGCACCCGAACGUGAAUGGGGUUGUAUCUCUUUAUCUCUCUCCUCGUCCAUCAAAUCACUGUGAAGCAUUCGACGUUCCACUGAUGUCGCCCGAUACCAUAAACGACCUCCUGCUCCUCACUUGUGCGAGCGGCAAGCAAUGCUCGCAUCUCAUUCCUCUGCUCUACGGGAAGUGGAAGCGUCUCCGCUUGGUCGUCAACUCCUCAUCUUCCGAAAAACGUCUCAAAGAACUGUAUCCUGAUGCCGAAAUCAUCCGUGCCAACCUUGAAGAUGUCAACGAGACACGGCGAAUCAUGUCUGGGGUCACCACCGUACUCCACAUCGGUCCUUCCUUUCACCCCCACGAGACCGAAAUCGGCUACUUCAUGAUCGACGCCGCCGUCGAGGAAUCCAAGAAAGGCUCGUUCAAGCAUUUUAUUUACUUGUCGGUGCUCAAUGCGCAGUUUCGUAAGAUGAUGAACCAUGAUUGCAAGCGCUACGUCGAAGAAUACCUUAUGGAAUCCGGCUUGAACUGGACCAUCCUUCAGCCCACGCAUUUCAUGGACCUGUUUCCGGUUCCCAUGCUGAUGUCGCAGGAUGAUCCCAUCUACCGAGCGAACUGGGACCCGACGAUCCCGUUCUCUUUUAUCGCACUGACGGACCUUGCUCAAGCGCAAGCAGCAGUCAUCGAACAGCGGGAAAAGCAUUACCUGGCGCAGUACCCGCUCGUUUCCACUGGGCCAAUUCCGUACACUGAGUUUGUAAGGGCUGUGAGUGAGGCGAUCGGGAAGAACAUCAAGCUUGAGCAGAGGCCGUACGAGGAAGCCGUGGACUCUAUGCUCAAGAUGCUAUUUGGGGGAGGAGAUAUCCACCCCACGACGCGUGAUAUGGCGCAGAGGAUGCUGCUGUUCUACAACUACCGCGGCCUUUGCGGCAACCCGAAUGUGCUCGAGUGGGUUAUUGGACGGAAGCCGACGACGCUGGAGGAGUGGGUGAAAAAGAAAGUGCAGGCGGCCAAGGAGUAAAUGCCUAUUGUCAUAAUUCACAUCCCUUUCUGAUCGAAUUAUGUAGUUACGAGUGCAAGCUCUAGGCCUAUGUAUGAAGUGACCCAUAGGGGGCAUUGAAGACUAGGCAUGGUUGUAGCAUAUCUAACAUGUACUCAUCUGCCUCUACAGAAUAAAGACAUCUGCCC